ACAACAUUUAUUUAUAAUUAUUAAAAAGAAAGGAAAAGAAAAGAAGAGAAAGAAGUCUUGAGAAAUCUCUCACGAAACACCCAGCUCCAACUAAGCUCUGGCUAUGGCGGACGCAGUUAUUAGCUCUGAUAAACCCUCAAAAUCCUCGCCUUUAAACCCUCCUUCUCGGAUAACCUGCCACGUAUGUCAGAAGCAAUUUUCGCAAUAUACCUGUCCUCGUUGCAAUUCGCGAUACUGUUCUCUGCACUGCUACAAGUCACAUAGUCUUCGUUGUACUGAAUCCUUUAUGCGAGAAAAUGUUGUUGAGGAACUUAGGCAGUUGCAGCCCAAUGAUGAAACGAAAGAGAAAAUGCUAGACAUUCUAAAAAGGUUUCAUUCAGAAGAAGAAACAGAAGACAUGGAUGAGGAAGAUUCAACUCUAUCUGAGGAUACCAUUCAAAAGUUUUUGUCUGGAGGUCAAAUCAGCUUUGUGGAUUUAUCUGCAGAAGAGAAGAAACGAUUCCAAAGAGCUGUUGCAUCGGGAGAACUCAGCAAGAUGAUUGAGCCUUGGGAUCCAUGGUGGUUGAGGCCUUCUGCUAGGACAAUAUCUCUCAGCAGGGAAGGAACUCAACUUGUCCAGCCUCUUUCCAAAGACGAGCUGUCGGUAUCACCACAGCUGAAUAACGAAAGCGACCAAGCUAGUGAUAUUCCUCCUGGGCCAGAAAGCCCUCUGCCACCAGUUAGCAAGCUAAGUUCCACAGCGCCAUCACCACUUUUAGCUGUUCAUCUUGUUGACAUCAUCUAUAGCUACUGUUUCACCCUCCGCCUCUACAAUGGCGAUUGGCAAUCAGACGCGAUAGGAUCGGCCACGGUGGUGUUAAGUGUGUCCUCUGUCUUGGGUCAAGGUGGUCAGCCAGAGACAGUGUUGGAGGCUUUAUCUUAUUGCUUGGAGCAGACCUGCUCCCCAGCUUACAGGCACAUUGGCGGUUUGCAGUUCAGAUUAGGUCUUGUUGAUGAUGUAGUAAGCAUACUAAGUUUAGGGGGUAACGCCCUCUUGUGCUUGCUAUCUGAUUUAUAUCGGCUGGUUCAAUCUGGGGAAAGAGAGCUGAAAUCGGAGAAAUUGCAAAAGUCAAGAAAGUUGGAGAUCAAGAACAAGCUCAAGCUUGCUGAGAGGAAGAUCUAUUUCAUCAUGUGUUGGGUCCAUGACCAACCCGGUGAAGCUUGGUCUUCCUUGGCAGCAAUUGUAAGGGCAGAGAAGGCUUCCGCUAUGGAUUACAUUAAUAUUUCGAGGAAAGUGGAGAAGAAAGCUGAAAAUAGGGGCAAGGUUUUGAUUCAAGAGAUGGAAUGAAAUUCUCACUCUUGUAAAUUUUAAUUAAAUUACUAAUCUUUUGCUUCUAAAUUUUGAGUCACUAAUGUUCGUAAACUAAUGCUUUCUGAACACUCUUGAUGUUGUGCUCAA